UUCACCUCGGCUCGCAGAUUCCCAAAAGAUUCGGCCUCCCACGGGGGCAACAGCCGUCUGCUCAGCAGCCGCCGCCGCCGCCGGCAGGUGUACCCCGAUCGGCGCGCGGGAGCGACGAGCGAGGGACAGCGAUGGCGCUGACCAACUUCAUCCUCACGGUGGUGGCGGUGGGCGCGGGGGUGCUCCUCUUCACCACCGACGUCCGCAAGUCCUCCGCCCUCUUCCGCCGGAACGCGCGCCAGAUCAAGCAGUGGCUCGAGGAGGACAGCGCCUCCGCCGCAUCCAAGUCUGCAAAAGAAGCACCUUCGAAGAAACUUGAUUCGACGAUCCCCAAAGAGAAGCCGAAGGAAGAUAAUCACUGAUCGGAGUUGUUUAUAUGAAUGGUAUCACCACAUAGGUAGUUAUUGGAGAAACAAAUAUUCAGUUUCAGGUAUCACCAAUGUUUCAAAAUGUCGUUCUGGCAAGAAGCAAGAAGUUGAAAAUCCUUGUUCACAAACGGUUGCUUUAUGGGCAAAUCCACCGUUAUGAUACAUUCUACUUUUUCCUUUAUGUAUAUAUAGUUGGGUAAUUCAUACGGUAUUUGGCAUUUGCAUUUCAGAAUAUAACCAGAUUGAUUGAAGUAUUCAGAUCCUCAAAUUUGGUUUGGUGUUACUGUGCUAAUAUUGUUGACCACUUUCGUGUCAACUAUUGGUUUUC